UAUCUUGCAUGAAACUAGUAAAAUGAUUUCACAAUGGGUAUUAAAAUUUACAUUAGCGGUAACAGUGGCAAUAAAGAGAUCGAGACAUCUCAGCAGCGGAUAAUCAUGAUUCUAAAAAGUUUAGGAAUAGAACACGAGGUGUCAGAUAUAUCUGCUCCAGGCAUGGAAAACGAGAGAGAUUUUAUGAGACAAAAUGGAAAGAAAAAGGAAGGACAGAGAAACGUUCUGCCUCCUCAGAUUUUUAACGGAGAAAAAUAUUGUGGGGAUUAUGAUGAUUUUGAUGUUGCAAACGAAGACGAUGAACUAGAAGAGUUUCUAGGAAUUCCAAGAAAAACACCGAAGUUUGAUCCCGUGAAAACUGGAGCUGUGGCUCCAGAAGUUGGAAAACUGGAGCCUGGUAAACUAAAGAAUGGAGCGAAGCUUACUAAACCAGAGGCAACUGAGCCAACAUUCAAUACUGAACCCUCAGAACAAGAUCAUGAAACAAGUAAUGAAACUGAAUCCAACUCCUGCAAGGAUGAUCAUGAAGAUUUUAAUGAAGAUGAAGAAAACGAAGAUGAAGGAAACAAAGAGGAAAAUGAUGAAGAUGAAGAAGAAGUUGAUGAUGAUGAUAAUACUAAAAUUAUAGAGGAAGCACAUCAUCAUGAAGUGUACACUAAACAUAAUUUAACUAUUGAAAACGUAGCUCUACCUAUCAUGACUUCAAAAAUUGAUAACGGCUUUGAUGCCCAAGUUCAAGUCGAAGGCAUAGAAAGAAGACGACCAAACACUGAGGAAGAUCAAAAACCAGAAUUAAAUUUAAAACUUGACAUUCCUGAUGUUCCAUUCGAAGAGUUUGUAAUCCCCGAAACUCCAAAACGGUAUAUGGACGAUGGAGUAGAAAUCCGCGAACUACGCCCGGGGUUCCAAGAGCUAGGAAACUGCAAGAGGUUUUGGAAAGCUCAACAGCUGAUUGGAACACCCUGAGUCUGGGGAAGCUGCUCCCCCAACAGAAGCUGCUCCUGUCGACGCUGCUCCCCCAGCCGAAGCUGCUCCUGAAUCUUAAUCAUUUCC